GGUUUCAAGCACAUUAAGAUUAGAUGUUAUCACUUGUAUGCUAUAUAUAUGCUCGUGUGCAGCUGUAAUGGCAUACGAUCUCUUUGAUCCAACUGCGAACAUAACGAUCACUUGGGAUGUCAUUUCAUGGACUCCAGAUGGAUAUGUUGCGGUAGUGAAGAUGCAUAACUAUCAAAUGUAUCGUCAAAUCUCCAGUCCUGGAUGGACUAUAGGAUGGACAUGGGAAAAGAAGGAAAUAAUCUGGUCAAUUGUGGGAGCUCAAGUUACAGAUCAGGGAGAUUGCAAAGAGUUUCCAAGUAAUAUUCCUCAUUCUUGUGAGAAGAGCCCAAGAAUUAUUGACUUGCAACCUGGAGCACCUUACAAUCAGCAGUUCCUAAAUUGUUGCAAAGGUGGUAUUGUAACUUCACUGGGCCAAGAUCCUCAGAAUUCACUAUCGUCAUUUCAGUUGAGUGUUGGGAAUUCGGGAAAUACUUAUAAAACAGUCAGUUUGCCCAAGAAUUUCUCCUUUUUGGGCCCUAAUCUAGGUUACACCUGCAGUCCAGUGUCAGUUGUACCAUCUUCGGUGUCUUUAUCAUCUGGUGGCCAUAGAAAGAACCGUGCUUUAAUGACAUGGCAAUUGGUGUGCAGUUACUCACAGUUUCUGGCUUCAAAUAUGCCAAGUUGUUGCGUCUCAUUGUCUACUUUCUACAAUAGCGACAUUACCCCUUGUCCUUCAUGUGCUUGUGGCUGCAUCAACAGUGAAGCUUGUGCUAUGAGCGACUUGGCUAUAUCACGUGAAGGUGCUGCUCUCGUCAAGAAAUGCACUCCACACAUGUGCCCUAUUCGGGUUCAUUGGCAUGUGAAGAAAAACUACAAGGCAUAUUGGCGUGUGAAGAUCACCAUCACUAACUUCAUCUACAACUAUAACUACACCAAGUGGACACUUCUUGCUCAACAUCCAAACCUUAACGAUGUUGCCAAAGUUGACAACUUCAACUAUAAGCCUCUUCAACUUUUUGAUUCUAUAAAUGAUACAGGUAUGUUUUAUGGUAUUGGCAAGCUGGACAAUGAUCUUCUUCUGCAAGCUGGUUUGAAUGGGAGCGUUUACACCGAAAUGAUUCUCAAGAAAGAUAGGAAAAUGUUCACAUUGAAUUAUGGAUGGGCAUUCCCUCGUAUAGUCUACUUUAAUGGUGAUGAGUGUGUAAUGCCCUUACCUGUUUCUUACCCGUCUCUUCCAAAUUCCGCGCAUCUAAUUUCAGAUAUCCAAUGCGUAGUCAUUGUCAUUAUACAAUUACUAGCAGCAGCAGUUAUAUAUAUAUUUCCUUAA